AUGGCCUCCUUGACAUCAGCACUUGCUUUGAUCGCGCCCGUUCAGGCCGGUCUUCGCUUCCCAUGCUCAACUCUCACUGUCCAGCGUCUGGACCCCGUCGUGCAGCCUGGAUCAAAUCCAUCUGCUCAUGUUCAUCACAUUGUUGGCGGCAAUGCAUUCAAUGCCAGUAUGACCGGCGAUGUUGGUGCGAGAGCAACAUGCACUACCUGCCAGAUGGCCGAAGAUUUCAGCAACUACUGGACCGCCCAGCUCUACUUCAAACACCCAACCAACGGCUCAUACAAGCGUGUACCCGUGGUCCCCGUCCAACCUCUGCUUGGUGGAUCCAACGGUGCCUCAGGAGGUCUCACGGUGUACUACACACAAUUUGACCUAAGCAAGGACAACCUCAAGCAGCAGAAGAUCACAGCUUUUCAACCGGGCUUCCGCAUGACCGUUGGAAUCCCAACCGAAACGAACAAACCACACGUGGGACUCCGCUAUCAAUGCCUCAGCGGGAACAACCGAGGUGCAGAGAUGCCUGACUUCCCGACGAAGCCAUGCAGUGGCGGAAUCUUCACUACGCACCACUUUCCAGCCUGCUGGGACGGCAAGAACCUCGACUCCCCAGACCACCAAUCCCACAUGUACAACACUAUCAGAUCCGACGGCUUCACCAACGCCCCAGCCUGCCCAUCCAGCCAUCCCAUUCGAGUACCCCAAGUAACUUAUGAGACCACGUGGGAUACCACGCAGUUCAACUCUCUCUGGAAGUCCGGCGACCCGAACCCCUUCGUCUGGAGUUUCGAAGGUACAAGCGGCUAUGGUACACACGCGGACUACAUGUUCGGCUGGAAGGGCGAUGCGCUCCAGCGUGCUAUGGACAAGAGCGAGUGCUUUUAUGAUGGUUGUGGGAGUAUCAAGAAGCAGGCUAUGACUGAGGCGAAUAAGUGUACUGUAAAGGAUCAGGUGGGUGAGAAGGUCGGAGAAACUGAGUGGUUGGAGAAACUGCCGGGGAUGUGA